AUGGGCAACGCGACAGAGGUCAGCAGCAACCCCGAGAUGGAACAGACAACGAAGAAGGAUGUCGGAAACGAUGCCGCGCCGGCCUACGCGCCCCCGGCGGAGGAUAACAGUGUGCUCGCCGGCGAGGAUGGCGAGCUCAUCGACUACAAGACUCUCACAUGGUGGCAAGGUGGCAUCGUCCUGAUCGCUGAGACCGUCUCCCUGGGUAUUCUGUCUCUGCCUUCCGUUCUCGCGACUGUCGGUCUCGUGCCGGGUAUCAUCCUCAUUCUCGUCAUGAGCUUCCUCUCAACGUACUCCGGUCUGGUCUUGGCCGAGUUCCGCAAGGAAUACCCCUUCGUGCAGAACUUUGGCGACGCUGUCGAGGUUAUCGGCAAGUCUAUCGGUAUGGGCCGCGUGUUCCAGGAGGUCUUUGGUUGGGCGCAGGUCAUUUUCCAGGUUUUCGUCAUGGGUAGCCAUUUGUUGACCUGGACUAUCUGCAUGAACACCCUGACCAACUCGUCCACCUGCACCAUCGUAUGGGCCGUCGUCGGUCUGGCCGUCUUUGCCGUCCUCAACUUCCCGAGAACGCUCAAGUACACCAGUUGGAUGUCCAUGGCUUCCUGCAUCUCCAUCACCUUGGCCAUGUUGAUUACUCUUGGUGAUGUCGCCGCCGAGCGCCCCAUCGGAUCCGGAAGCAUUGAAGUCACCCGCCAGCUCGGCUUCACCGGAGCUUUCCUCGCCGUGACCAACAUCGCCAUCGCCUUCUCCUCCCACUCCUGCUUCUUCUCCGUCAUCGGCGAGUUCAAGAAGCCCGAGGACUGGCCCAAGGCCCUCGCCCUCCUCCAGAUCGCCGACACGACCCUGUACCUGCUCGCCGCAAUCGUUAUCUACGUCUUCGUCGGUCCGGACGUGCCCUCGCCCGCCCUCUCCGCCGCCGGCUCCAAGACCAUGCGUAAGGCCAUCUGGGGCAUCGCCAUCCCGACCAUCGUCAUCGCCGGCGUGAUCUACGGCCACGUCGCCGCCAAGUACAUCUUCUCGCGCAUGUUCCGCAACACCAAGCACAUGAUCCGCCGUACCAAGAUCUCGACCAUCGCCUGGAUCGGCAUCGUUGUGUGCAUCUGGGCCCUCUCCAUGGUCAUCGCCGAGUCCAUCCCCGUCUUCAACUCGCUGCUGGGCCUCAUCUGCGCGCUCUUCGCCUCGUGGUUCUCGUACGGCCUGCCCGGUAUUUUCUGGCUGUGGAUGCACUAUGGCAACUGGUUCAGAGACGGCAAGCAGACUUGCAAGUUCGCUGCCAACGUCAUGUUGUUCCUCACGGGCUUCCUCAUUUGCGUGCUUGGCCUGUGGGCGUCCAUUGAGGCGAUCGCGACCGAGUCGCUGACGAAGCCGUGGACGUGCGCGUCUAAUGCUGCGCCAUAA